GGAAAUGUGAAAAUCCAACGAUCGCUUUUUUCAUGGCGGAGGGGAAACUAACACGCCAGGAGUUACACCGGGACUCCUCCGAGCCUCCAAACGCAGGAUCAAAAUGCUCAUAGUGGAGAAGACCACAGACUUCCCCUCUGCUGAGUUCUCUCUGGUGGAGGAUGUGGCUCUGCACUUCACCUGUUUGAUGGACAGGCUGAACGAGCAGCGCCUCUUCCAGCCUGACCUGUGCGACGUCGACAUCGUUCUGGUGCGUCAGCGCAGCACUUUCCCCGCCCACAAGGGGGUGCUGGCGGCGUACAGCCCUUUCUUCCACUCCCUGUUUGCCCAGAGCAAGCAGCUGCGCCGGGUAGACCUGUCCCUGGACGCCCUGACCUCACAAGGCCUGCAGCAGAUCCUCAACUUCAUCUACACCUCCAAGUUGCUGGUGAGCAGCCGCACGGUCCGCGACGUGCUCAACGCUGCCUCCCUGCUGCAGAUGAGCGACAUCGCAGCCUCCUGCCGCGACCUCAUCAGCAGCCAGUCGCUGAGAGCCACCUCUGCGGAUAUGGCCGGUCAGGAGGGGCUCAGCACCAGCAACCUCACCCACAGCCAGUUGUACCGGGAGAUCAAACAGGAGUCGGAGCUGGGGAGGGUGUACACGCGGGAAGGCGGCAGUCCGUUCUCCGUCCGAGUGGAGGAGGGCUCGGGAAAACCCAAACAGUACUACCAGAAGGAGGAGGGGUCGGGCACCGGGGCGGGCGGGGGCGCUUUGUGUAAGGUGGAGGGAAAUGGGGAAGAGUCCCAAACCUCCGAGGGCCACGGCUCCUAUAACAGAGACCAGAUUAUCGUGGAGGUCAACCUCAACAACCAGACCCUCAACGUCUCCAAGGGUUCAGAGGGCAAAGCUGCGACGGCCGUGGAGACCUCCUCCAUGUUCCGCCAUCGCUGCGACAAUGGCGUAAGCUUGGAGGAUGAGCGCAACGGGGAGAACGAGGAGGAAGACGAUGACAGGUUAGGUGAGGAGGAGGAAGACGAUCCCAAAGGGGAUGAAAGUGAGGAGGAGGAGGAGGAUGAAGAAGACGAAGAUGAGGAGGAGGAGGAGAACACCCUUAACAUUCCGGGCUUGGAGGAACCGGCCUUGGUAGGGCGACCUCGCCGGGGCACGAGGGCCCUGGCCAUGGCGGCCACCACAGCCUCCAUGCGGCAGACCCUCGUGGAGGCGACGCUGGCCAACCAGCGCCGAGGCCGCAAGAGGACAUCGGACCCGGAAAGCCUGGGCCAGAAAGUAAGACUGGAGGAGAAGCAGCACUACCCUUGUAAGAAGUGCCCCCGCAUCUUCAACAACCGCUGGUACCUGGAGAAGCACAUGAACGUGACGCACAACCGCAUGCAGAUCUGCAAUAACUGCGGCAAGCGCUUCCUGCUGGAGAGCGAGCUGCUGCUGCACCACCAGACCGACUGCGAGAAGAGCAUCCAGUGUGUGACGUGUGGCAAGGCCUUCAAGAAGCUGUGGUCCCUGCACGAGCACAACAAGAUCGUCCACGGCUACGCCGAGAAGAAGUUCUCCUGCGAGAUCUGCGAGAAGAAGUUCUACACCAUGGCUCACGUGAGGAAGCACAUGGUCGCCCAUACGAAGGACAUGCCGUUCACCUGCGAGACGUGCGGGAAAUCAUUCAAGCGCAGCAUGUCGCUGAAGGUGCACUCCCUGCAGCACUCCGGAGAGAAGCCCUUCAAAUGCGAGAACUGCAGCGAGCGCUUCCAGUACAAGUACCAGCUGCGCUCCCACAUGAGCAUCCACAUCGGACACAAGCAGUUCAUGUGCCAGUGGUGUGGGAAGGACUUCAACAUGAAGCAGUACUUCGACGAGCACAUGAAGACGCACACUGGAGAGAAGCCGUACAUCUGCGAGAUCUGCGGGAAGAGCUUCACAAGCCGGCCCAACAUGAAGCGUCACCGCCGCACCCACACGGGGGAGAAGCCGUACCCAUGCGAGGUGUGCGGCCAGCGCUUCCGCUUCUCAAACAUGCUCAAGGCCCACAAGGAGAAGUGCUUCCGGGUCAGCAACCCCAUGCUCGGCAAUGGCGGCGAUCCCCUCGGCCUCGACCGACCUCUUGCCGCACCAGCUGUGGACUCUGCCGCUCAGGUCCAGUUGGCGGCGGCGGCGGCACUCCCCGCCACGUCUGUGACCACCCCCGCCGCCGCCGCCACCAUCGUCUCCAGUCCCCACCCACUCCAUGGCACCCCGCUGCCGCUCCCCACACUCCACUCCAUGGGGGGGCUGUCCCCCACCUCGCACUUACCCCCACCCCCGCCCCUCUUCUCUGCUGGUAGGAUGAACUCCAACAACUAG